AUGGAAGAUAUCGAACCUCCCUUCACCUCUGCAAUCAUGAGCGAGGUGAUGCCGCAGAGAUUCCGCAUGCCUCCCAUCAUCUGGUACUCCGGGUCUGGAGACCCAUCUAAGCACGUAGAAGCCUAUCGCUCGUGGAUGCAAAUUCAGACAACCACAGACAUGAUGAUGUGCAAGGAUUUUUUGAUCACCCUUAUUGGAUUUGCUCGGAGUCGGUACAGAUUGUUCCUUACCCAGUUUAUAAGUGGUAAGAAGAGUCGAAAACUGACUACUCACUUGUUCACCAUCAAGCAGGGGCCUAAAGAGUCAUUGAAGGAUUUCAUCACCCGCUUCAAUGAGAAGGCAUUACAGAUGGAGGACUACGAUGACAAAAUGGCGCUCUCUGUCGUGUUCAACGGACUGAAAGAGGGGAAGUUCACCUUCUCCAUUGGGAAGAAUUCGCUGAAAACUUUGGCCGACCUCGUCACCAGAGCUAAAAAAUAUACUAAUGCCGAAGAGUUCUCCAACUCCCGUAAAAAUGUUCAAGGAGAAGAGCCGUCAGCCAAAGGGAAGAGGCUGAGGAACGAAGAGCCCCAGUCAUCCAACAAAAAAUCGGACGACUAUGUUCCUCGAGAUCAACAGAUACUGUUAGACAUCAGGGGUCAGAGGCUCUUGAAUUGGCACGUUUGCAUGAAGGCCAAUGCGGAACACCGAGACAAGCGUAAAUAUUGCAGGUUCCAUCAUGACCACGAUCACAACACAAGUGACUGCGUAGAUCUCAAGGACAAGAUCGAGGCCCUCAUCCAUAAGGGUCAUCUGCGCCGAUACAUUAAGGAGAAGAGAAUAGCUCAGAGAGAAGAGCAACCGGACAAAGCUACAGAGGAACUAGUCAAAAUCCAUGCCAUCUUUUCUGGUUUGUCCGGUGGAGGAGACUCAAACAGGGCCCGUAAAGCCCACUCUCGGAAGUCCGAUCAGUAA